GCUUUUGCACCCGAGGCUCCUCCGCCUGCCCAUAAAAGCCCAGCCGACGCUUCUCUGGAGUGAAACUGCACCUGACUUUUCCUCUCCAAGAGCAGCACCGACAAACCCGACACACAAAAAGGAUGGAUGCUCAGGACUGUCCCUGCAUCAGCGGCGGUGCUUGUACCUGCGGCAACAACUGUCAGUGCAAAAACUGCAAGUGCAAGACAUGCAAGAAAAGCUGCUGCUCUUGCUGUCCGGUGGGAUGCUCCAAGUGUGCCCAGGGCUGCAUCUGCAAAGGACCCCCUUCGUCCAAAUGCAGCUGCUGCAAGUGAUCCGAUCCGGCCUCUCGCAGCCUCCGUCUGUACAUUUGCCUGCUGCAAGGAUGCCGCCCGAAACCUCUGUGGAUAAUAUUAUACGUCCGUUUGUUGUGCUUUCCAACCUUUUGUGGAAAUAAGCUAUGUGGAAAGUUAAUAAAGCUCUAUGUGUGUGUGUAUAUAAGUCAUAACAA